CUGUUUCACUGUUGGUCUUCUAACCCCGCUAACAAUACCUAGUUAUUUUGCCCACUGCGAACGGAACCACACUCAAGGUGGCUGACCCCUGCUCGCUUUUUCAACUUCUCAAGACUGCGAUCGGCUUCUCUUUUGCAGUUUGGACACAACCAACCACAGCACGCAAACUUUUCCUCGUCGCGCCAGACAUCGUUGUCGCAAAGACCCGUUCGGUUUUCUAGAUCGUCACUACCAAAUCGCAAACAUGUCUGGAAAGAAGUGGGACGAGGAAGAGGAGGAGUCUUCCGCCCCCAACUCGCCUGUCCUUGCCCCCGGCCGCCGCCGCUUCGACGAUGAGGAGGGAAACGAGAGCGACGUUCUCGACUCGUGGGAUGCCGCCGAGGACUCCGAGGUAGAGCGCGAGAAGGCGAAGAAGGCCGCCGAGGCCAAGGCCAAGGCUGAGGCCGAAGCCGCCGCCAACAAGAAGUCCAAGGCGCAGCGCAUCGCCGAGCGUCAGGCCGAGCGCGCCCGCCAGCUGGCUGAGGAUUCGGACGCGGAGGAGGAGACCGAGGCCGAGCGCCGCGAGCGCCUCCGCCGCGAGCAGAAGGAGUCCGAUCUUAAACACGCUGAGGACCUGUUUGCCGGCAUCGGCAUCAGCAACGACCGCAAGGUCGUCAGCAAGGGCACCAUUGUCCAGAUCGACCCCAAGGACCCCAACAACACCAUCGACAUCUCGACCUUGGCCUUGUUCAACCCUACCACCAAGACCCAGUUUGAGACCCUCCGCACCACUCUUGGCCCCAUGAUCGGCAAGCUCUCGCCCAAGCCGCACUACACCCUCUUCCUCCAGGAGUUCUCCAAGCAGCUCGCCAAGGACCUCAAGAGCGACGAGAUCAAGAAGAUUGCUAGCACCUUGACUGCUCUCAGCAACGAGAAGCUCAAGGAGGAGAAGGCUGCCGAAAAGGGUGGCAAGAAGAGCAAGGCUGCCAAGACAAAGACCUCGCUCGCUGGUGUUGGUCGUGGUGGUGCCAUUGCUGAGGCCCACGACACUUAUGAUGAUGAUGCUUUCGGAGAUGAUGACUUCAUGUGAAAGAUUUCUACCGAUAAAUCACAAUCGUUCGCUUUGUGAGGAAGAGAGGCCUCGAGUCCCUCUUCCCAUCAAGGGAUGUAGAAUCAUCCCCUUCACCAGGUAUAAUACUCAUCUCACCCGGGAAGCAUUCGGAGCGAAGCAAAAAAGUAGCGGUUGCGUGUGUUUCAUGGCGUAAAAAGAAAGCGUAGACUACCACGACACCCGCGCAACGGUCACGGCACGUCCGCCGUCCGGACGUAAGGUUCAGUGGCAUGAUGUCUUGGAUGGAUGCAUGAGGGAUCAGAGUCGUCAUCAGUGCCAGACUGGACGAAAAAAGGAGGAUGGCCUCUUGGGGCACUGAUCGAGUCGCGACUUGGGGGUGACGGGAAAAGGCAGCAGAUACCAUAUAGCAUGGGGGAAAGUAGAUUUAGAGUGCAUUCAAUAAUGAAGGCGAGCAUCACGUUUCGAAAGUCCAGGCUGCAUAUCAUCCUGGUGUGAGGUUCUCUUAUCGAUGCCAUGGCUAAAAUUACAACCAACACUAUUUCAGUCACCAUCUCAGAACCCUCUCAGAAACUUACACCAGUGAACAGGUGAUAUUUCCCGACCAUGAACACCAUGUGAACUUUUCAGACAAUGUUGCUGUACCCUAAUCAAAACACUUAAAACUCCGAUCGCGAUGUUGAUCUGCCCUGAGCAACCAUCAUCACUGACAACAAAACCAGGGCACACAAAACACCUCGCCUCCCGCAUUCAUAUGAUUCCAGCCAGUAAUUCGAUCCGUCCGGGUCAUUAAGAGCGUAAACCAGUUUCAAAUCCCCUCCCUCCUGUUCAUAACCAUAACCUGCCUGCCUGCCUGCCUGCCUGUCUGUUCCUUCGAGCUCCUGUUUUUCAGAGCCAUAUAAGUAUGUUUGAUGUAUGUAUAGUACAGUGAAAUACCGCUUGGAAAGGUAUGGUAACCCCCUCACGGUAAAGUAAAGUAGAGAAGAGAGAGAGAAAAAAGGAUAGUACAACACAACCCCAUAUCGUCACAAAACAAGACUUUUCCUCUACCCGCCUGAUAAAAUACAGGCAAAAGUCUAUAAUCGUCAGUGUCAUAUCCAAUGACGGCUCACAUCAAGUCUCCCGCCACGCCAGCCAGCAACGCAUGUACCACGAGACUGACCGUCCACAGUCCCACGCGCUUGAAUCUCCUCACCCUACUUUGCUGAUCCUCUACGUUUCUGGCAAAAGCACGGUACACCUCGGCGCUCAUAUCGUCCAUCAGCCCACAGUCCCAAACGGUCCAAGCUCCGUCAAAGUCCGUCAGCCGCUUUACGAUCCGGCAACUGAUGGGGAUGUAGGUGCGCUUGGCGUUGAUGUAGGCGACGAUGGGCCGUACUAGGGCUUGGUUCACGUAGCUCAUGUGUGGGUUGUUGAACAGAGGGACAGCGGCGCGGACGUCGUUGAGGUGGAUGCGAAGGUCCAUGACUAGAUAGGAGGGAGUUUCUUCAAUCGGGGCUGGCUCUUUGGGAGUCGCGGGAGGGAUCAAGGGGGGGAAGUGCUGCUCCGAGGUGGGGAGCUCGUCGUGGUGGCCGGUGAGGUCGAUGUCAGAGGCAGAUUCCGGAAUUGGCCCGCUUUCGAGGGUGGGGCUGUUGGUGUUGCUUCGGCUGUUGGGAGAAAUGUUGCCGUCUAGAAUCUUGAGGUAGCGGUUGCUGGUUACGGCUUCUUCCAUUUUGUCGUAAAACUCGGCGACAACCUUGCUUAGACCCUCCUCAGGAUCCGCAGGGAACAUGAUGUCGGCAAUCAUAUCGACGUUGCCUUCGUAAAUCCAGCCAAACGGUCCUUCUACACCGCGGUUCAAGUGGUCAAUCUUCAGCCCAUCAAUCCGUAGUCGGGAGAACUUCUUCCAGGCCGAGGGAGAACCGAACUCGUCUUGGUGGUGACGGCCGUUAUCUGCUGCGGACACACCGUGGAUCUGUCUGGGAUGAAUGGUGAAUAGUGAUCCAUCGAAUGAUCCGGACAUGUGAUUUGCUGACAAAAAGUCAUAAAACAGCCAUUGUUUUCGUAGCUGAGGCAGCUCGCAGGAGAAGAUGGAAACGGAAAAGGGCCGGAAACCGCCCGGUUGGUGGACGGUGACCAGCAAGUCUUCCAUCUUGAAGUGAUCCAGUUCAAAGUCGCCAGGGUUAUGUUCCUGUCUGAAGUCAAGGGGGUUGAGGUCCUCGUUGCCCCAGACAACCGAAGUCCUGUCAACAACGCCUCGAACACCCUUUAUUUCGACGUCUUUGAGGAGACCCUUUCCGUUCCACCAUUUGAGGAAAGAUAAAGCCACGUUCACGGUGUCUAUAGUGACGUCAAACUGUGUGUAAUUGCCAUCGUCCUCUUCCACGGCAGUGCCUUCUUGCUCGGCGGCUUGUUUAGCAGCAGCAGCUUCGGCCGCAGCUUCGGAAGAACCCUUCUUGACGGAAGACUUGGGCUGACCAGGUCUCCGAGAAACGAAAACAUUGCGGAAAGUGAUGACACCAUCUCCCCAUUUGGGCACAAUAGCCGACUCGAAGACAACAGUAAGGCCAGCAGAUUGGGUCAGGUAGUCUCCGAUCCACUUGGCCAGCGUUUCCUGGGCAAACACCGUGUUGAUAAAGAGGAUGAUGAGGGAGAAGAAGGUAGUUGUGCCAACAAGAAUCCAGACCAAAUGACCGAAUAAGAAGAAGGACACAAACGCUCCCCAUUCGUCGGCGUUCCAGGGGCGCAUGCUCCUGAUGGAGAACCACUUGAAUCGGACCUUGAGACGCGACCAGAACCCGCUUGCUGCCGCCAGAAGCUCUUCUUUUGUGGGCCGAUGAGGCAAAUGGGGGAGGUGAGGAAGGUGAAGGUAUUUAGACAUGGAAUCUGCUAUUGAUUCAUGUGCGGGAGUCGGCUGGGAACCAGAACCGGAAGCCGUCUCGGUAUUCGGUGGCUGCUGUGGUUGCUCGGACUUUUGCUGAGGAGAAAUUGUAGAAGACUUGGCUUCGGCCUUGGUCUCGUCAUGAUCACCCUUGGUCUCUUUGCCCGAACUUUGGAAUCGCUUUCCUGUCUUGCAUAACGUUGUGGUCGUGGUGUUCUGUCGUAUCCUUCGCAAGAGUAAAGCCUGCCGAGCCAAGUGGCCCAUUUUUGCCUUUUGCGCGGCAUUGCCGGAUAGUGCGGAUGCCUCUACCGUGCUCGUUGGAGAGGGGCUGGUGGUGAGCCCAAGGAGGAGUAGGCCUCCGGAGGUACAGCUUCGUAGGACAUUAUGGGAUGGUUGUGACUGUUGAUAGUGUAGUCUUUGCGAUUUUGUUGCUGGGAAGAAAAAGCGACUUGCGGAAGAGGUAAAUUGUCGCGUGCUCUGCUGCUGUCCGUAUCGCUGAUGGGACCCCAGCGAUGUCGAGGGGCCAAGUCCAAGACUUUGACGACUCAGUAAUGGCUGACAAGUUGGAAGCAGUAUCGCGGCUGUGAAGAGAUUCGAGGUGGUGUGAAGAUCUCGUACUGAAGACCAUAGCUGGCGGCCCAGCUGGGUCGUCGUAGCGCUAGUAGACAUUGUUGAAAUUCAUACUGUCGACCGAGUAAGGGACCGACCUGUUCCUUUUUUUUUUCCUAUGUUUUCAGCGACGAUGGUGAUGACGACAGCUCGGUGCCGUAUCCAUGGUCGGUCCUCGAGGCUGAAAAUCAGAUGUUGUUGCUUGGUGGUGGGCCGAGUCUAGAAUGACAUAUGAUGGUGCUCCUGCUCUGACCAAGAACCU